AUGGUCGUCGCACACAACGGGCAGGUCUUCGACCACCAGUUCUGCUUAAACUACAUCCUGACGCAAACGGACCUCACCCCCGAACUCAUCAUGCGAGGGACGAAAAUAAUUUCCAUGGUUAUGGAUAAUGUAAAGUUCCUAGACAGCCUAAAUUAUUUCCCCAUGGCUCUAUCUAAGCUGCCCAAGGCUUUCGGCUUGGGCGAUAAUUUCAAGAAAGGCUAUUUCCCCCAUCUUUUCAACAUCGCAACCAACCAAAAUUAUGUAGACCCCCUACCCGCCGCCGAAUACUAUGACCCCGAUAAUAUGAAACCGGAAGAGCGCUCCAAGUUCCUCGAGUAG